UACAGUAAUGUAUUAGCAUACAAGAAUGUAUAUUUUACACACACUAAAUAUUUUUCCGUUGAAUAAUUCAUUGUGCUUGUUGGACUACGAUAGGAAAUUGAUCGGAUUUAGUGUACUAAACUAAACAUGAUUCUUUCAUUUUUUGAUUGUAAAUACACAAACAGAAGUAAUGAAGAAUGAACCUUCUAAUGGAAAAGGGGCACAGAAAUAUUUAACUAUUGUUGCUGUAUUCAUUAUAACCCUGAUAUAUUACGUCAAUGUCAAGUCUGGUGAUAAUUUCAUACGAGUAGAAAAUCCAUCGCCAUUUAGAACACAGAUAUUCAAUAUAACAAUAAGCAAAGGCAUAUUGAUAAAAUCACAGAAGAUAGACUAUUUUAUAUGUCCUGCCUUUGUAGGAAGAAUUGGGAAUAAACUUUUUCUAUAUGCUUCAUCCUAUGGUAUAGCAAGAAGUAAAGGGAUGAAAGUGGUUAUUAAUACAAACUGUGAACUGCUGAAAUAUUUUACCUUAAACGCAGACAUAAGAAAAGACACAUCAAUAUGUCAUUCACGAAAUGUUAAAACAAUUAAGGAAGAACAUUCAGCCGUGUAUGAUAACAGAUUACUGGAUUUUAAUAAUACACACAACGUUAGACUUGUUCAAUAUUUACAGUCCUACCUUUAUUUUGAUCAAUAUAAGGAGGAAGUGAGAAAUCAAUUUACCUUCAGGGACGAAAUGAUUAAAAAGGCGACUUUACUUCUAGACAAUAAACUUAAAGGAUAUGAUAUUUACAGAAACAGUAAAUAUCACAAAAACCACAAGUAUAAAUAUAUGAAGGUAUAUAAUGAGACCACACAAAAAAAAAUAACAUUAAUUGGCGUUCAUAUACGACGUGGUGACUGGGCAAAAUACCCGGAUGCGGGCUAUAAUGUGCCAACUAAGGAGUAUUUACGAAAAGCAGUUGAGUGGUACCAGUCUAGAAUUGAACAUUUGGUGUUUGUCGUAGCGUCAAACGGAAUGAAAUGGGCGAAGGACAACAUGCCCAAAAAUAUAACUUCUAUUUUUUUAGAGGGAAAUUCAGCCUGGGUAGACUUAGCAGCUAUAACAUUAUGUGAACAUUUUAUUUCAUCGUCUGGAACAUUUAGCUGGUGGGCAGCGUGGUUGACAGGAGGAAAUGUAACAUUCUUUAAAUGGCCGGCAAAAGAAGGAACUCGCUUCCGAACAGCUUAUAGUAAAGAUUACAAAGAUUAUUAUUAUUCACAUUGGAUUGGUCUAUAAUCCGAGAAACGUUGAAGAAAUCAUGAUGAAAGAAAUAACCUACUACGUUUGACGAUAACUGUCAAACAAAUAGAGGAAAUGUCUUAUUCUAAAAAUUGAGAAAAAAAAGAGAAAAAUCUCGUUUUCGAAGAGCGUUUUUGUAAGGAUAACAAAGAAUAUUACUAUUCACAUGGGAUCGGUCUAUGAUCCGAGAAACUUGGGAGAAAUAAUAUUGCAACAAAUUUCGAACUACGUUAAAAACAGUGGUUUGUCUACUAGUGAUUUUACUUAUAUUAUAAAAAUAAUGUCAGAUAUGUAUGAUGAUAGAUACAAACAAAUUAAAAUCUGUAUCAUUAAACUCAAAAUAUUUACAAUGUUCUUAAACAAUUGCCUUUUUAAUGAUGCAUUUUUAUUAAGUGCCACAUCAAUUCUAUUAAUAGUUCUUUGCAUUUACAGUACCAAGUUUUGAUCAAAAUGUUUUGAAUAAAGAUGUGUAUUCCAGAAGCAUACAGGUAAUUUUGAAAAAAAAAUUAAAACUUGAAAGCUAUAAUUGGUCCUUUGAUAAUUGUUUUUUUUUAAAUGUCAAUUAACUUGCUAUGAAUUUUUGCUUUUCUGAAAAGUCUGCCCCUUCUUAAAUAAAAAAGCCUAGUAAUGAUAUGUACUAGUAUACAAUUUGCAAAUAAACGUACAUGUACAACAAAAGGCUAUUACAAAUGUAAUAGACAACAAAAAAAAAGGCAAUGCCCAUUUUACUGGCUUCUCUUACAUUUUGGUGGAAUAUUCUUUGAGCAAUCCUCAUUGAAAAAAUGGUGAUUGGAUGUCAUAUAAACCCGACUUUGUUCAUGUACUUUUGUAUACAAGUGGUGGAUUUAACGAGGUUUACGUUGUCAAAGCUAUUCCGAGCAGUUCUAAGAGUAUACUACAUUUAAGCAAUAAUUAAUAUCCGAAAUACUUUUUAUAUCUGAAGAGUGUUGCGCACCACUAACAGCAAGGUAGUUUCCUGUAGUAGCGAGUACCUUUACAAAUUAUGUGCUUUUUUAUUUAUAUUGUUUUGUUCAAGUUAGCGGUUGUCAAGUUGGAAGCUGCGACUCUUUUUACAAAAAAUCUUACGACUAAAAUUGUGUGUUUUAGUUCUGGUCUAGAUGGCGAUGAUGCCGCAUUCUAUGCACAUUAAACUUAUUUAAUGACCACACACUUUGUCCUUGUAAAAAGACAGACUAUCUUGGCCAUAAGUUGUUAGUUCAGUGUUGUUUGUUUCUGUUUCGUAUGUCUGGUUUUACGGAGGAGCGGGGUGCUGAUUGUGGUCUGUUGUACUGUGCGCAACUUUUGGCGAUCACUAUUAUCCUUUGUUAUGUAUAAUUAAUAAAUAUUCCAAAAACAAAUACGAAAACCAAUAAAAAAAAAAAAAAAAAAAAAAAAAAACCCGAAGAAGCAAAAUCAAAAGUAAUAUAUAUAUAAAUAACAAAAGCAUUACAGAAAAGAAAUUCAUCAUUGUAAUGUAAUGUUCAAGAUAUUCUUUUUAUUCUAUUUCUAUGACGAUUCAAAGUCAUAAAAUCUAGUAAUCAAACUGAAUAAAAUAUUUACCAAAAAAAAAAA